CGUGGUUUGAAUUCUGGAAUGUAGUGUCUGAUAUCGAGUCCGUCUUUGCAGAGUGCCAAAAUUGCUUUAAUCGACUCAGUACCGAGUUCUUUGCUGGAAAUGACAAAACGGGCGCUGAACUGAUAUCAAAGUUGGAGGAGAAGGCACACGAGUGUGAAGUUUUGAUUCGCAGAGAACAUCUCUUCAGCAUUAAUGAAACGAUCAAGGACAUAUCUACAGAUGAUAUAAAAUACUUGAUUGUGGGCUAUUAUCUCGGUUUUGUGUACCAAAAGGGGAUGAACGAUCGCCUGUCGCGUUUGGAAAAGGCGACAUCCUACCUAGAAUCGUUUCUGGAUGUGCUGAAGCGCAUGGAGAUUCUACAAAAGGAUGAAACCGCAGAAUAUGAACGUUAUAUUGAGCAACAAGAAGAUCACACCAAGCCUGACGCAGCGACUCUCCGAGAAGAGAAGAUUCGUCGUUUCCGUAUCGAAAAGGAGACCGACGCUCGUCUUCAAGAAAUAAAAACGAUGGAGGAAAGAAAGGAGAAGGGGAGCGUUGUGGAUGAAGAGUUGGAGCGAGAAAAAUGGAUCCUUGCGCUUCAGAGCUGCUCACGCAAAGCUCUCAACGAUCUCCGCAUGAUUCCUCAGGAGAUGGAGAUUCUUCAGUACAUGCAAAACAUGCAAAAGGCAGGCAAGGACCCCCAUCAAGAGGUUGUGUAG